AUGCAUCACGAAAUGGUGGUUGAAGAGCAGCCGCCUGGCGGAAGCAGCGCGAGUGGUGGCGGUGGCGGUGGCAGUGGCAACGGUAGCGGCAGUGGUGUCCCUGGCGGAGGUAUGCCUGGACAUGGCAACACGGUGGCAGGCGGGGCAGGCGGCACAGAGCAGCACGCGUCAUCAUCAUCGGGCUACAAUGUUCCCUUGGCGCUUGCGGCGGACACGCUGCCACCGGAGGGUGUGCAGUUCCAGUAUGCGCCGGGCGUCUACAUCACGUUGAAGCCACCGGCACAAAAAGGCGGCCCGGUUCGGCUGGUCAAGGUUCGCUUCAAUCGCAAGAUGUUCACGGAGCAGUCUCAAGGCCAGGCCUGGUGGAACAUGCACAGGGCGACACUGGCGGAGAUGUACGAGCUGACCUUCGACAUGGGGAACAAGGCACCUGUAGCACCAUCAUCAUCACCGCCGGGGUUGCCGCCGCUAGCUCCUGGUUCACACGGCACAGUUCCCCCGGCCGCAAUGCACACCCGCGGCAUGAGCACCGACACACAAGGGACGAGCGCCGGCAGCACCGCGGCGUCGGGGAGCAGUAGCAUGUACUUCUCCGUCCCAGUCAGUAACAGCCCCCUUCACGGGGGUGCAGCCUCUGGUGCCGCUGGCGGGGGCGACCUUGCGACGGGUUCAGCGGGGGCCAUGUGGCGUUCUGUCGCGUCAGCAGUAGCUGGCGGCGGCGGUGGCGGUGGUGGCGCCGGCGGCGGCGGCGAUUUCGAUAUGAGUUGGACUGAGCUGAACUACGACAGCCAGGCCAUGAUGGUGUUGCCGCCGCCGCCACCUGUGGGGACUAUGGGGGUGGCGGGGUCCCCUGCAAUGCCGCAGCGACGCGACCACUCUCGGAACAGCAGCCGCACGGCCAGCGGCGGCUCAAGCCAUGCAGGCGUAUCGAGGCCGCCCUCGCAGCCGUGCCCAGAGUCACCCGUGUUUGCCUUGCAGCAAUUUGGUUCGGGGGGAAGCGGCUCGGCUGGCGGUGUUGGUGUUGGUGUUGGUGGCGAUGGCGGUGGCGGCGGCGGAGGGCCAUUAUACCCAGCGACUGCUAGCGCCCUGGCGACGGCUGCUGCCGCCGCAGCGGUGCAGCCGUACUAUCCCUCUCACCAGCGUGCGCAGUCUGGUGGCGGGUCGUCUGGCAGGUCCGGACCGCCGCAGCGGCUUUUCUACAAGCGCACCGCCUUCCACGGCCGCUGCCUAUAUGCUCCUAAAUCAACACCUUCAAUUCGGCGUGCCGCCGCGGGUAGCUGUUAUGUUGGUAAGUAUCCUGCACCGGGCUAUCUGGCGACUCGCGAGGAUACCAGGGUAAAUCAGGCGAACUCAAGACAAAGGGCGCCGACCAAGCCCCUCGCAACAACUUGUCAACCAAGAGCUACUCCCGGCAAAACGGACUCCCAUCUUAAGCUUCGCCAACUGCGGGAGGCCGAGAUAAAACCACCUUUCCUACUGACCUACGGGCCUCGCGAACCCAACUAGAAUUCACCCCGCCCACCGACAAGCCACAGAACCCGCUGUUCAGGUGCCUCUACUCAAGGCCGAACCAACCCAACCACCCGCGCGGUGCCCGCGCGCUUCACUUACUUGCAUGGAUGCCGUCGGCCCGCAAUGUCGAUCCUCGCGUCGCCGUUGUUGUUGUCUUUUCAUAUAUAAGAGACGGCGUCCUAUUGUAGGCAAAACCAAAGAUAAAGGCAAUCUAACAUCACUCGUCAAGCGAUUUGGACCUCGACUUUCUCUAGUCUUUCUAGUCGUCUAUUUUCUGUAACCUGUCUUAAUAAAGCUUAGUUGGUAUCUGUUGUCUGACUCUGCAUUCUGUGCUGG